AUGAGCAGUGCAGACGUAGAUUCCACAGGCGUAAUGAUCGGUAGAGAUGGCUUAACAAACGGGAUUCACGAUACUAAUGCUCCUAAUACCAUUGACUCAAUCACCAAUGUCUCGACAGCUGAGAGCCAUUCGAUGAAUCCGGAGUUUAACGAAAGUAGUAUCCCUAAUAAGAAUAACGAUACUACCACUACAACGACCUCGAAACUACAUACUGUACUUGUUGAUGGUGUUGCACCCGAGAUCCCACAUGUUCAAAUUAAUCAGACACCUUUAUCGAUGGUUAUUAGAAAUUUGACCAUUUUCACAAUUAAAGAAAUAUCACAAUAUAUGAAGAUGAAUCUUCACAGGACAACUAAUGGAAGUCAAGGAAGUAAUAACAACAAUAAUGGAUCCUCGGCGAAGAAAGUUAAUUUUUUGCAAUUGAUAAUAUACUUGAGAAAUCAGUUUUUGAAAUUAUAUGUAUUAAUUAAAUGGGCCAGAACCAUCAAGAGUAACAAUUUCAAUGCACUUAUCGAUUUAUUAAAUUGGUUCAGAACAACAAAUACAUCUGUGAAUAACUGUCUAUGGGCCCUUAAAGCAAGUCUGGAUUCCAUGACUAAUGCAAAAUUACCUAAUGCUGAUUUAAUUACCGCAUUAGAGGUCUUAAGUCUUGGAAGACCUAACUUGCCAUCACACUUCCUUAAUAUUACUGCAGCUGGUGGGAUGAGUAAUACAGAUAAUGAUUCCACCGUUCCACCAAAAGUUGUCUUAAAAGUUCUAAGAGAUUUGAACUUUGUUGUAUCUAUUAAAAUGGCCUUGAUGGAUUUACCACCUCAAUUUAAUGAUUAUUAUGUGAAAAAUGGUCGUGUCUAUAUUAGUGUUACCAAUGAAUUUGAAAUACAACUAUCUACCAUUGAUCGUAACUCACCUUUUUUCUUCGUCGAUUUGAAUUUUUUAUUUAGAUCAGAGCAAAAUUUACCACUGAACAAAGCAAGAGUAGAAAAACUAAUCAAUGAUUUAUUGUUUAAAAAUAAAGACAGGAAACCGCUGUUUUUGUUAUAUCAAUUUCUACAUAAGUACAUCUUAACAUUGAAAUUAUACAUGAUUCACAUCGAAUUACAAGCAUUAGAAAAUUUCGGGAAAUUCUCAGGCGGUAACCUAAUUCACAUCUAUGAUUCUAAGAAAAGUAUUAUCUCUGGUAGAUAUUGGAUAAAUGGGAAAAUAGGUAAUAAAGGUAAGUUUACAAUUGGUGUUGACAAAAGAAGUGAGAAAUUAAUCUUAAGAUGGGAUAAUGAUUUUACAUCCGAGAUAUUUAGAACAACCGACGAUAAAUUGCAUCUAACCGGUGCUGAUAAUGGUAUAUCUGGAAAGAACAAUAACAACACAGGGAAACAGGAUGACGUUAGUGGGAAUCAAAAUACUAUACACGAUAAAUUCAACAAUAUGCCUAUAAUAUAUAAUCACAUUCUAGGAAAUGUUGAAAGUAUUCUAGACGAAAUCAUGUUCAAUCAUGCAAAUAUCAUUAGAAUGAAACUUCUAUCUACAGGAAUAUUUCAAGAAGACGAAGGUAAUUCAGAUAUAUUAUUGUUUCAAUUACCAACAACGUGUAUAUCUACAGCCCCUAUCCAAAUGAAGAUAGAUCUUAUCACAGGUGUCUUUUAUUUUAAGAACCCAUCACCGCUAUUACUAGAAUAUAUUCAACAAAUUAAUAGAACUGAGAAAACCGAAGAUUUGAUUAAAAUUUUACAGAAAUUGAAAUUAGAUAAGAUAACCCAUGUCCUAAGGAAUAUGUUUGAAAAAACAGGCUGGAUUUGUAGCAAAGUCGUAAAAUUAGAUAUUCUAAUCCCAACACAAUUCAAAAUACAGUCUCACGAAAGUGAUUUGCUUCAAAACGAUUUAUUCAUAUCGUUACCCAAGUGGCCAGUUAAUUGGUAUCUGAUUCUAACGGUGAUAUCUUCCAAUUCCUCUUGUGUCAUUGAGAAACGUAUUGGUAAGAUCGUAUCUAGUAAAGGUAAAUGGGAAUUAAAAUACCUGGAUAUGUCUAGCAUUGUGUCUUCUAAGUUGGAGACCAUGACCUACCAAAAGAUACUGUCUCUACAAAAGACUAUCUUACACAGAAUUGUCAAUCACAUGCUAAUUGACUCGUUAAAUGAAUUGAAAAUCAAAAAUCAAAUCUGUUCUGCCGAGAGUGUAUCGAUGAACCUGCCCAAGUAUGUUAUGGAGGAUGAUUCCUCCGAUAAGGAUACAACAGCUGGCGGAAUCAUUGCAUCUCAAGAGGACGAAUACACUUCUAUCAUAACCAUGGAACUAGUAUCUUUUCUAGAAGGCUCGAAUGCGCUAAAUGGAAUCCUUGAAAGUUCCAUGUUCAUGAGGAUCGAUUACACAAAUUCUGAAAUUAGAUUGUAUACCAGAUUUAAAAGAGAUAUAAUGAUCAAACAAGUACAAUGUGAAGAACUUUUGAUACAUUUUGUUAAAGAUGAUAACCUAGCAUUCUAUAUGUGCGAACACUUUAAAUCUUUGAGCCAGAUUGUCCAUUACUUAAGUACGUUCAGACAGAAAUUGAUGCAAUUGGUUAUUCUCACUGACGUUGUCGAGAGACUACACAAAAUUUUUGCAUCUGAAAACUUCAAAAUUAUUGCAUUGAAGCCAAACGAAAUUUCAUUCAAUUAUCUUAGAAAUAAUUCUACCCCGAUGUUACAAGAUAAAGGAGACAAACAGGAUUGCGCAAUUAACAUAAUAACAAGUGACAUGAAGGUGAAAAAUCUGACGGUAAAUUUGUCAAAAACGAACCCUCAACAUAUAAUACAACCGUUUAUUAACAGCGGAGGCUAUGACUAUCAUUUUAUCUUCAAUUACUUACAGUUCACCUCUUCUCUCUUUACAACUCUAAGAGACAUCAUACAUGAGAGACAAGAGAAUAAGGAUAAGAGUUAUACUAAAGUGAGUCUUGGUUUACACAACUUGAGUGAAUAUCAGUUAGUAUACCAUAACGCUGAAGUUGGCUCGAAGAUCACCUUGAUAAUAGAGUUGAAGAAUGCUUCUCAUAAUGGUAGGAAUAACAUCCAAUUCUAUGUACAUUUCUCUAAUGAUGAGCAUAUUACGUCGAAGUCUGCUGCAUACCCAAUGAUUCAUCGUGUUCGUAACGAAAUUUUCAUUUUAGAUACAAAAGUGAACAGUUCAUUAACAGGUCCUGAACCAAAAACUUCUCCUGCUAGUAAUGAAGGGGUAUCUACCGCAUUAAGAAAGUUCCCUCAUUCUAUUAGAUUGGUUGACGGUAUAUCGUGUGACUCCAGAGAUAUUGAAGCCAUUCUAACCGAAAUACAUUCCAUCUUAAAAGUGGACAGCAACGAUAAAUCUAAGCAAUAA